GCAUAAGCGCUGAGCGCGACGCGAGUGUGUUACUCCGGAGAGUGAUCGAACUAACUAGUCCACAUUUUUUCUAUUUUUCUACUUUUAUAUCUAAUCGUACAGUUUGUUUAUUUGGUACUGCGUCGCGAGUAUCAUCUGGUUCCAAUCCUGGGUUUAACGUUUCUGAUUGUCGGGGCUACCAUACAUUCAACUCUAUGCUAAUAAAGAUUGGAUACUUACUGGCCAAGGAACAAAGAACUGAAAAGUAAAUAGGAGCACCAAUAAUUAAUACUUCACAGUACAAGACCAGAUCACGCGCUUUAGUUUCGAAAAGGACAGAAGGAAACCAAUCCAUAUAUAGAAAGGGCUGUUAUAAUUAUCGUGUUAAAAAAUCAAUGAGUGAUUAGAAUCUUCAAUUCCUAUUAUCGUACACUGUGAGGAUACUACCGAAGAAAAAACUAAAAAUGCAUAUAGAAGUGCAAGUAGCGUUGAAUUUCGUAAUAUCGUACCUGUACAACAAACUUCCCAGAAGACGGGUGAAUAUUUUUGGGGAGGAGUUGGAAAAAGCUUUAAAAGACAAAUUUCAGGGUCACUGGUAUCCAGAGAAACCUUUCAAGGGCUCAGCGUUUCGAUGCUUGAAAACUGGAGAUCCCAUUGACAAGGUGCUGGAAAGGGCAGCCAGAGAAAGCGGAGUUCCUAUCCAAGACAUUUUGGAAAACCUGCCACAAGAGUUGGCCGUAUGGGUUGAUCCUGGUGAGGUUAGCUACAGAAUUGGUGAGAAAGGAGCUGUGAAAAUUUUGUUCAGCGACAAAGUUGAUCCUCAAGAUGAUCAUUCUGCGGACAGGGAGGUGACGAAAACCUUCAAUCCGGAGGCUCAGUGCUUCAGACCGAUCGACUCUGUGAGUUGCAGCCUGAACAAUCUUAGUUUGUCCCCUAGCAAGUCGGUACCCCCCUUUAAUGGUGUGCCGAAUGCCAAUGCUGCUGUGGUCGGGCCGCAGAUUCCGGCUCAAAGCGUCCAGCAAAACGGAAAUCAAGCUAUCCCAGUCAAUCAGCAUCUAGCUUCGAAUUCUUCGGCGCCGUCCCCUACAUCCAUGGCCAACUCUUUCAAGGGUUCUCCAUCGCCAGUGCCGGCGUUCAUACCACGCACCACCACACCACUCACUUUCACCACAGCCACAUUUGCUCAGACUAAAUUUGGUAGCACCAAAUUGAAAACCAGUAGCAAACGAGCCAACAGAAUGUCUCCCACGGAAUUCUCCAACUACAUUAAGCAGCGCGCUAUGCAACAGCAAAUGCACCAACAACCACCGCAUCACUCUCCAGGAAGUCGAGCUCUGUCUCCUGAUCCAUCUGCUUAUUAUUUCCCUCCCCAGGGCCACUUCCCACCGCAAUUCCCACCCCGUUCAAUGUUUGAGUCUUCCAAUCAAUUUCUCAGCCCCGAGUUGUAUCCGGGAAAAAACAAUUUGAAUUUCCCAUUCGACAACUCCUCAUUCAGUCCAUUUUAUCCAAACAAUGGAGGCAUCAAUAUGACUCCAAGUGCAGCCAAUCCUGGCCAGAACAAGGACAUGCUAGAAAACAACUGGACUUACGCUACCACUGGUCAGUAUCAGCAUUUGUUGGUGGCCAACUGAGGGUCCUCAUAGGCAGAGGAUCUCAAAGAGCGGGGUAGAAAACCCUGUGGUGAUCCUAGCGAUUCUAUUGUCUCUUUCUUUCUUGGUGGGCUGGCGGACAGCAACAUUGCAGGGAAAAAUAUUGCAUAAUCUGCGGAACCUACAGUAUAGAUGGAAUGCACUGGUAAUAGUAGAUUUUUUCAACGUUGGUUGCUUCUCAUUAUAAUAAAAAUCUUCUCAGACAGCAUUGGAAAUCUAUUAUUGCCUACAUUUAUUCUGAAUCACAGAAUUGCUGGCAAUUCGAAUUUUAAUAUCGUUUAUGUUUAUCAAAUAUCCGAUUAGAAAUCACAUCAUUUUUAUGUAUCCUUAGUUGAACAGUUCCUACUUUUAUAUUUGCAUAUGAUAAAUUAACUUUUGUGUUCCAAAAUGAUGAAUUGUAAAUAUACGUAGUAUAAGUUUUUUAGAUGAAGUUCCAGUUCUCUUGGAACAGUGAUCUCUCUAAUAUUAAAAUAAUUUGUAAAUAUUGUAGCUUAUAUUAUUUAUAAAUGACAUAUAAAUAUUUUUGUAGCAAAAAUGUAGUAUUCUCACCAACAGUCAGUACCAACUGAGAGACAUAUAUUUUUCUUAAAAUUUCACUCAUGAAACUUUACACACUUAACUGUUUCGUAGCGUAAAUGUUUAAGCCCAACAUAAUCAAAAUAUUUCAAUAUAACGACUUUCUAAAGCAUCACAAACUUGCAAUACGUAUUUAAAUGUAGGUAGCUGUUGGGCAUUACCUUUUGAUUUAUAAAUGUAGGUUAUUUUUUAUACGAGAAGCAAACUGAAUCUAGAACAUCACGAAGCUUUUAUAUCUCGAGGAAAGACAGUAGAAUCGCGCCAAACGUUAGUAAUAAUACAUAACCUAUUACCCUUAUAAAAGAUGAGAUCCUAAGCUUGAUAAUUUUUAAAUUUUGAUAAAUCGUAGUAGAUAGAAUUUAUAGAUGUUUCUUACUUUAUAUAUGGUGUUUACAGUAUUCAAGUAGAUGUAGAGUGUUUCCUAAAUCUUUUUUAUAUUGUAUGUAUUUUUUAUUUUUGUAUGAGAAGCUCAAGCUAACGUCUAGUCCCAUAGAACUUCGUUAAUCUUCAUGUUAUUCAAUAAGUGAGUUGGCAUAUCACGUUAUCGUUACCAAACCUACUUAUGCCUAUUGAUAAUGUCUCUUCAUUUCUUUUACAUGAAGCAUGCUUGCACUUAGCUAAAAUAUUUCAACUGAUUUGUUUAGUUAAAAUGCUCACUCGAGGACAUACAUACAAUACAUUGUUUGAAGUUAUAUAAAUAAAGUUUGUUGAUGUGUGAGAAGAAGAGACAAAAUGUAGAUAAAGAAGCCAGGUUCAUGCAUUCCUAGAACAUAUGGAAGGAACAAAGACAAAAUCUGAAUUCUUGUCCAUAUCAACGCAAUAAAAUGAUCUGUUUUAAGAUUGUGAUAUUCUUUUUUAACUUUUUUAUAUGCAAAAUGUCGAUGUGUUAUGCGAUGAACAUGGCUUUUUAUACAAGGUCGCUUUACAAUAUAUAUUUGAUCUUUAGUUAUUGUAAAACGACUCUUACUCAGUAUUGCAUGUUAGUUACAACCCUCUGGGGUCUAGAUAUGCUUAUUUUCUGAAAUUAAGAGAUAUGCUAUUUUUUACUGCUUGCUUUUUUGUUACUUUUUCACUGAACGUUUAUUUUUUACUUGUAAUUGUUGACAUUAAUAUAAUAUAUAUUUUGUUA